UCGGUUUUUGCAGCUGCGCCGCAGCUGUGUUUCUUUCUGUUUCGUUUAAAAAUAGUAAAUGCAACGAACUUUUGUGUGCACUGCUGCCCCAGUUUUGAUGACUAAGCCUGCCAACUGAACAAUGAGUUUAGCAACUGGAACUAUGGAUGUGGUUAACACACCGAACAGCAGUAUGGACGCCACGAAUCGCGGUGAAUGGGAGAAGGUCCUGGCUAUGCUUGUACUUGGCUUAGGCAGCUUCCUCUCUGGCAUGCUUCCCGCCAUUAUAUCAGAGCGCAACAGGAGGCGAUUCCCACUGACCACAUCGCUGCUUCUAUGCUUUGGAGCGGGCAUAUUGCUGGCCACAGCACUGGUUCAUAUUCUGCCAGAGGUGCGCGAGCAAAUGAAUUCGAAAUUCGCUGAGGUGGCCAUGUGCAGUGGUUUCUUCAUCAUCUACUUCAUUGACGAGUUUAUACACUAUUUCUUUGGCGAGGCCAUUCAGCAUACGCACACUCACGGCCAUGAACAUGAACGUGAACCUCAACCCUCGUCGCAUGCCCAAGUUGACCCACACAGGGACCACAAUGGAUAUGGCGCAACGGGUGAACGUGCGCCCUUGCUAUCAGCACAGUCGUCUACGUCACACUCGCAUUCCCAUCACAACGAAAACAGCCAUGAUCACAAUCAGGGCUCUUCUUCCGCCUGUGAUGAUGCCAGCGUAGAGGAUGCAAAUGCCCGCAUAUGUCAUACAAGUCACACGGAACCAUGUGCCCAGUCCAUGACCGGCACUCUGGGGCUCUUUGUUGCAUUGUCGCUGCACUCGGCCAUUGAGGGACUGGCGAUUGGCGUACAAAACUCAGCCACAAAGGUUCUAUUUCUUCUUGGCGCUGUGGCCUGCCACAAAUUCGUGAUGGGCUUCUGCCUGGGCCUAGAGUUUCGCUCCAAUCCUCAAACCACUUUGCGCUCCCAAUUCGUGGGCAUUUUGGUAUUUGCUUUGGGUGCCGUCUGCGGCAUUGCCCUGGGCAUGCUUAUCGUGGACGUGCCCGCCGAAUGGUCGUCGAAAACGUUGCCCAUAGUUCAGGCGCUGGCCGGCGGCACGCUCUUCUAUGUCACCGUCUGUGAAGUGAUACCCCGCGAGAAGGCGCGCUGGCACUCGCACCCAACGCGACGCUGGGCGGGAUUUGCGCAAUUCGCAACAGUUGUGGCCGGCUUUGCCACCAUGUGCAUUAUAAACUUUUAUCUUUCUGAUGAGGAAUAAGUAGCUCUGUUCGAGAGGGAUGACUUUUUGCGCUGUGUGUUCUUUUCUUUAUAUAUGUAAGAGAUUAAUUUUAAUUGGCAGCUCAUUGUUAAAUGUUUUUUAUAUAUUGUGUGUAUAUUCCAUGCACGUUGGAUGAAUCUUUGUUAUAGAAUAAAGUGAAUUUGUAUCUGCAAAUCAAAUCUAAAUGAAA